AUGCAAAAAAGACCUUCGGCAAGAGUCGAAAGUAUGACGCAGCAAUCAACCGACCCCUUGCACCCCAAGCUCUGCUAUGUUUCCUUUGUUAACAGAAAGCGCGCUGACGUCGAACUCACAAAAUCUUUGCGUCCAAAAUUUGGGUCAGAUCCAGUUCCUAUUCUUGGUAAUUGGACCCCAGGCAUGGCCCAUUACCAUGAGCCAAUUCGUGGCAAGGGCGAGCGUCCUCUCCGUUUCUUGCGCAAAAAUGCAUCGUCAGAGUCGGCUGAACCCGAGUCUACAGCGACACCCAACACUUUGCUCAAGCCCAAGCCCAAGCCCAAGCGUGUGCGCAAGAAUACAUUUUCCACUGCUUCUUCUCUUCAAAAAAGCAGCGAACUGAUUAAUAUCGCAACCAUAGUGGUCUAUUGCCACUAG